UCGUAUCAAGCGGCCACGCUUUCCAUUUGCAAAUCUGGUUGGUUGCCCACAACGUGAUCAAUAAAAAAUUCAACUUAGCCGGAGGCAGUUUUUCUAAUAAAACAACAUGCAAUUGAUCAAAGAAACUUAUAACAACAAAUACUUUGGUGCUAUUAUUUUCAAACAGUUGAUCAGCUGUCUGCCCUGAAAACUUUUGCAGAGUUGAAUAAUAGUUCUUUCUUUAAUAUAAAUGGCAAUCACUUAUUUAUUUACGUUGUUAACCUCACAGGUUAUACAAUAUCAUUAAAUUGCGUGCUUCAUUUUUUGUAUAUUUUUGCCAAUAGAACUAACAGGAAACUAAAGAGGGACAACGCAAAAACAUGUAAUGCUGUUUUCCGUAGGCGUCCUCCAUGAUAUUAGCUGGUUUAGGGGUCGCUGCGAUAGGUUUCGCCGGAAAGCAUUUAGUGCGUCGGAUGCCUUCUAUGACCAACAAGUUUACUGAGACCUUAAAAAAUUUACCUAAAUUCAACGCUGAAACAAUAUCGAAUAGUAAAUAUUAUAAAGGAGGCUUUGAACCAAAAAUGUCUAGAAGGGAAGCGGCACUAAUACUGGGUGUGAGUCCGAGCGCUUCCAAAGGGAAAAUAAAAGAUGCACACAAAAAGAUUAUGUUAUUAAACCAUCCAGAUCGUGGUGGUUCUCCCUAUUUGGCAGCAAAAAUUAAUGAAGCCAAAGAUUUUCUGGAUAGCAAUAAAUAAAAAUUUUAGUUUA